AUGCGUGAUGACAAUAUGGUCUUUGAUCAGGAACAGGACAAGAGGCCCACUCUCAUCAGUCCUAGUCAGCACAGUACUAGAAGUCCCAACCAGAGCAAUCAGAAAGGAACUAGUUUAAGAGGGCUAGAGAGAGUCCACUUGGAUUUGACGUUGACCAAAUUGAUCGCCAGCGCCGCGCAGCACAAACGCCCUUGGCUCCCACAGCACUCGGAGCCUGCUCGCAGCCCAACGGCCUCUCCAAGAAUGCUACAUUUAAAAGUGCAGUUUUUGGAUGAUUCCCAGAAGAUUUUUGUGGUUGAUCAAAAGUCAUCCGGGAAGGCGCUGUUUAACCUGAGUUGCAGCCACCUAAAUCUUGCUGAAAAGGAAUAUUUUGGAUUAGAAUUCUGUAGCCAUUCUGGAAAUAAUGUCUGGUUGGAGAUACUGAAGCCCAUUACAAAGCAAGUAAAAAUGGACCCUGGACAUCUUCGAGAAGAGCUUACAAGGUAUCUUUUUACUCUUCAAAUAAAGAAGGAUUUGGCUCUAGGAAGGCUUCCAUGCAGUGACAACUCUACAGCGUUGAUGGUAUCUCACAUCCUACAAUCAGAACUGGGAGACUUUCAUGAAGAAACAGAUAAGAAACAUCUGGCACAAACCCGAUACUUACCGAACCAAGACUGUUUAGAGAGCAAGAUCAUGCACUUUCAUCAGAAGCACGUCGGCAGGAGCCCGGCUGAAUCGGACAUUCUGCUACUGGAUAUAGCAAGGAAGCUGGAUAUGUACGGCAUCAGGCCUCACCCCGCCAGUGAUGGCGAAGGGAUGCAGAUCCACCUGGCUGUUGCUCACAUGGGAGUAGUGGUGUUACGGGGAAAUACAAAGAUCAAUACUUUCAACUGGGCUAAAAUCCGCAAGUUGAGUUUUAAGAGAAAGCAUUUUCUCAUCAAACUUCAUUCCAACAUUUUGGUGUUGUGCAAGGACACCUUGGAGUUCACCAUGGCCAGCCGAGAUGCCUGCAAGGCUUUCUGGAAGACUUGUGUGGAGUACCAUGCUUUUUUCAGACUUUCUGAAGAGCCCAAAUCAAAGCCCAGAACCCUACUCUGCAGCAAGGGCUCCAGUUUCCGCUACAGCGGAAGAACCCAACGGCAGCUUUUGGAAUAUGGAAAGAAAGGGAGGUUGAGGAGCUUACCAUUCGAGAGGAAACAUUACCCAUCUCAGUACCAUGAACGGCAGUGCAGGUCGUCACCAGACCUCCUCUCUGAUGUAUCAAAACAAGUGGAAGAUUUGAGACUAGCGUAUGGCAGCGGAUACUACCGAACCGCGAAUGGGGUGCGAGCCUCGGAGCCCGUGCUGGACGGUAGGAGGAGGAGCUCCGCGGCCGAGAUGACGUUUGCCACCGCGCCAGAGCGGUCCAAACCAGAGGCGGACCCCGCAUUGUUACAUCAGUCCCAGAGCAGUUCCUCUUUCCCUUUUCUUUACACAGACCCCGAUCCCAGAGACUACUUUGAGGGAAGGAGUCCUCUGAGCUCCUUCCAGCCGAGCUGUAAGUUUGCUGACAAUCACAUGAGCACACCUGCCGGCCUCACAAGUGAAGUGAGCCCAGCGAGGCGGCUGACUUACACAGAUGUGCCCUAUAUACCUUGUACUGGCCAGCAGGUCAAUAUUAUGCCUCCCCAAGUCUUUUUUUACGUGGACAGACCACCCCAGGUGCCCAGACGGUCUCCAAUCUUGGCAGAGGAAAGGGAAAGGCCAGACAGCUCUCCAGGGCCCACUGCAAUGAAGCCAGCCAAAAGGAGCCCAAGGAAUGUCAGAAUGAAGAGCUUUCAGCAAGACUUUGAAGAACUCCAAGAAGCUAUGGCCAGGACCAGUGGUAGGAGCAACAUCAACAUAGAUCUGGAAGCGGAAGACCCAAAUUUAGAAGAUGCGUUUGCAUGUAACAUUCAAGAGCAAACUCCCAAACGAUCCCAGAGCCAAUCAGAUAUGAAAACAAUCCGUUUUCCUUUUGGGUCUGAAUUUAGACCUUUAGGGCCUUGUCCUACUCUGAGUCGUAAAGCUGACUUUUUCCCAUAUAUGUUUGCAGAGCAGGAGCUUCCAACAGUUUUAAUGCAUCAGGGAGCAUCAGAAAGAUACGUAGCUAGUGAAUCCAGUGAUUCAGAAUCAGAAAUUCUUAAAUCGGACUACUACUCUUUGUAUGGCAAAGGGGUAAGGUCACCCAUGGCCAGAAUCCGCUUAUCUUCUGGUAGUCUACAGCUAGAUGAAGAGGACGAAGACGUUUCUUUCAGUACACCGACUGCUGAAGACAGGACUUUGCUAAAACCGUGUAAUUACUUUUUAGCUUAG